UACAUGUACGGUACAUACAUGUCAGAGUCAGUGAAUGAUGCAUGCAGUGGACCUUGUGAUUUUUGUACUACGGGAGAAGUCUUCCCUUGAAGGUGGACGAUUUAAAGUUGGCGCUAAAAAACGCGCUCUGCACACACGCCAUGCCGCACCGUGCGUGCGUUCGACCAGGCACCACGGUCGCUGUCGUAACUCCGGUUCGUUCGUCAAACACAACGCCGAUUGCGGUACGGUGCGUGGUGCGGAUCUGGAGCAGUCACCUCCCAGUUACUGGUGCGGCAACAGGCAUAGUUCAUUUGGCUUCUACCUCUGGUGACUUACGCUCUACCUUGACGAGGCCUCAAGAAUCGUGGAUCAGAACUUUGUCGAUUUUUCGCAGCAUCCCGUCUUUGCCGCCGUUUCCAAAGUUCCUCCAAUAUGUCUCAAGUUUCAGUCCUCGGCAUCUUCUUCUUGUUGGCUCUUGUGUGCAGCGGGGACGCAUGGAUGGACUGGUUUUGGAACUGGAACUCCAGCGAAGGGGUCGACCCAGACGUGAAAAGGAACGCGAGCGAGCUAAUCACCAGCAAAGGUUACCCUUGUGAGGAGCACUACGUAACCACUGCUGAUGGCUUCAUCCUGGGCCUGCAGCGCAUCCCCCACGGCCGCAAUGAAACAGCAGACCCAUUGCCCUUGACCAACCAGACUGCCAAUGCCACCAACCAGGAAACCAAGAAGCGACCUGUGGUCUUCCUCCAGCAUGGCUUGCUGUGCUCCUCCACCAAUUGGCUGACCAACCUGGCCAAUGAGAGCUUUGCCUACAUCCUGGCUGAUGCCGGGUUUGAUGUGUGGCUGGGCAAUGUGAGAGGGAAUGUCUACUCCAAGCGACACACCCACCUGAGUCCAGACUCGGAUGAGUUCUGGGAUUGGAGCUGGGAUCAAAUGGCCGAGUUUGAUCUGCCAGCCAUGGUCGACCUGGCCCUGGAGGUUAGUGGUCAAGAUCAGCUGUAUUAUGUUGGACACUCCCAGGGGUCACUCAUGGCAUUUGCUGAACUGUCCAGGAACAAAGAACUGGAGAAGAAGAUAAAAAUGUUCUUUGCCCUUGGCCCAGUGACAACCGUUGGUCACAUGACAAGUCCCCUGAGGUACCUGUCAACUUUUGUUCCCGAAAUUGAGUUCUUGCUGCACAUACUCGGAGUGAGAGACUUCAUGCCAUCGUCCAAGAUCACCCAGUGGCUGGCAGCCGACAUCUGCUCCAGCUCAACUGAUAUAUGGUGCGAAAACAUCGUCUUCGUUCUUUGCGGCUUUGACAGGGCUAAUCUGAAUGAGUCCAGAAUGCCUGUGUAUUUCGCCCAUUCACCUUCUGGAACAUCAGUUCAGAACAUGAUCCACUUCGCCCAGAUGGUGUCCUCCGGGGAAUUUCAGAUGUACGACUACGGCACCAAAGGGAAGAACAUGGCACAAUACAACCAAACCACUCCCCCGCUGUACUACCCGGAGAACAUCAAUGUCCCUGUAGUGCUGUACUGGGGGGGCAAUGACUGGUUGGCCGACCCUAAGGAUGUGCAGCUGCUCAUCCCCAGGCUCAGGAGCCUCUGGCAGAACGUCUACAUCCCGCAGUAUGACCACCUGGACUUCAUCUGGGGCACCGACGCGCGCCACUGGGUCUACGAGCCCAUCAUCAGGACCAUCCAGAGGGAGGAGAGCCCAGAGAUCUUGGAAGAGGAUAAUGAUGAGUCGUCUUCCUCCGUCAGUGAGGUGAUCCUGGAGUAUUACAAGAAGAUUGAGGAGAUGCAAAAUGCGAACGAAAAUGCUACAGAUGCAAUUUAAUAUCUUCCUCUACACUGUUUCCCACAUUAGUAACCCCCCCAUGAGUUUUCCUAUAUGUCAUUCAUAUAUAUACAUGUAUAGAUCAGUAGAUUAGUUUAAAUCAAGUGGAAGUCUUUUAUAAGUGGCCCUGUCAUCAGUUAGCCUAUCUGACGAUCCUAUCAUACUUCUUGUACCUGUGCUUCCAAUGUGUGCUUAAGAGUGAGGUGGCCUUGUGGCUAGUGUUUAUGGCUCAUGGACAUAGAGUCAGGGGUUGAAUCCAGCUGCUGGAUCACAUCUUGUGAAUUGAGACAAGUCGUUUCACUCCCACUUGCCUCUCCUCACCAAGGAGUAUAAAUGGGUACUGGUGAGGACAGAGCUGGCUGUAUAUGUUUGAUCCGGGGGUUUGGGCCAGAAAUGGCAGCAUUGAGCUGCCUACUUCCCAGGGAGCUGAGAUGGUUUAGGAAUGUUUAUGGCCCAGUGAGUAGGGAUAAUAAUAAGCACUUGGUAUCACCUGGUAAUUUGCUGCUAUAUAAAUACAGUCCUUAUUGUUAUUAAGGAAAAGAGAUUGUUUUCUAUUUGUUGAGAAGAAUUGUACAUACCAGCUACAGCACAACUUUGUAAUCUUGAACAGUUGUCGAGACUUAAGUUCCCACCGAUUUAUAAAAUUUAUUAUAAAAUACUGUUAAUUCUUGCCAAUUUUGAAUUUAUGCAAAACUUAGCUCAGCUGUCUCGUGUAGGCCCUGCAUUGCCAACUUCUGUGUUUGACAUGGGACCGCAAAAAUAGUUCCAAGUGUGCCGCUCGCCAAGAUAUUGUAACUAAUGGGUUUUCCUGGUCAAGUCAAACAGUUUAAUAAUAUGUAGGAAACUCUUUACUUGUAAGUCCAACUCACUGUUUUGAAAAGCAACUCGUAGUUUGAUCUUGUAGCUUUCUACCAGAGGCUUACAAAGUCGCAAGGGUUUUCGGUGUUACCUAACAGCAACUAGUUUUAUAAGAACCAGUAUCAAGAACUUAAUUAUGUUACCUUUUCUAGUGUCCAGUUUUAUUUUCUUCAAACUUGAAGGUUCUUCAGUCUGAUAUAUCAAACGGCAAAUGUUCUCUUUGGCUGUUAUGAUGUCUCCCACACCGUUCUUAAUUGCAAAAAUCAAAGAGUAUAUUUUCCUUUACCUUCAGUCAGUCUUGACAAGUGACAGUCCUGCCUCAGUGCCUCCCGUAGGCUGUCAGAAGAAGAAGGAAAAAAAAUCGAGAAUUGUUUACAGUAUCACUGUCAUUGCUAUUUUCAAAUCCACAGCCACUUAUGUGUAAAACCGGUGCCCCGAUAUGGUGCCACUUCUCGUGGACACGAGUACUUCCAACCAUGAAAGACAAGAACAAAUGUCGAGGGUUGUCAGUUGCUGUGAAAACUUGUCAAAAAUGCCAUCAAUUUUGAACAGAAAAAAAAAUUCAAGACUAUAAAGUCAUUCAAAAAAUUGUUUACUUGUAAUUUUAUUAUUUUAGUCAUCUUAUAAUAAUGCAUAAUUUUGAAUUCACCAUGCUUAAGAUUGAUUUUAGUCUAAUCCGUCCCUUUUUGUAUGCAUGUGCAUGUACUCCUAUGAAACUUGUUAGUAACGUUUUGUGUUACUGAAAAUAAAAUAAUAAAAUAAAGUUACGACCAGGGUUUGUCCCCUGGUCGCAAGUUUA